UUUUUGGUGCAUUCUGGUCCCGUCCUGCUGCCGAGUGAGGAUUCCAUCUUGUUUCUUUGUACUCCAAACUCCUAAAACUUCACCAUGGUUGAACAGUUUGUCGGGACCUGGAAGCUCACUUCCAGCGACAACUUUGACGAAUAUAUGAAGGCAAUCGGUGUGGGCUUUGCAACUCGUCAAAUGGGCAACAUGGCCAAGCCUAACCUUGUGUUUAGUGUGAAUGAUGGGGUCAUCUCUAUGAAGGCGCAGAGUACUUUCAAGAACGCGGAAAUCUCUUUCAAACUCAAUGAAGAGUUUGAUGAAACCACAGCAGACGACCGAAAGACUAAGACUAUUUUCACGUUUGAGAACGGCAAGCUCGUGCAGAAACAGACGUGGGACGGAAAAACUACAGUUCUUGAACGUGAAAUUCAGGAUGGAAAACUAGUGGCUAAAUGCACCAUGGACAAUAUUGUUGCGGUAAGGACUUAUGAGAAGGAGGCAUAAAUUGUGCUCCAGAUGUCUUGCCUCACAAUACUUGUCUUCAAUAAAAAUAACUGUAUAAUUUGGA